AUACGAUCAACCCAGACAACAAUGCAGUACCUCGGCAAUUAUGGGAAUUCCACCACGGCUGACCUGGCCUCCCCUUGGCUAAUGAUUUUUGUUGAUACAAAACAUUCUGCCAUCAAAUAUCCAUACUGUAUUUCUUAACUUAUACCGAUGGUGGUCUUGUUAUUCCAUCCGUUAUACUUUUACUCGGCUUGCUACCAAUUGGUGUGAAAACAAGCCUGGUCUCAUUGGCAUCCUCAAGUGUUUACAUACUCUCUGUCGUCUUACAUCUAGAUCUCAUUACCGUGUGACAUACACUUGACACUCGGGGCGUCACAUUGUGCCCAACUUUUCCAUUCCCUCGCAAUCAUAAAUUUCAACACAAUGGGAAAGUCAGAAGAGGAAUCGAAAGAGGCUCCUCGCCCAACCCUCAUUAGGCCGCCGCCCGAGGACUUGAGCAAGGCGCCUAUCGAGAACACUUUGGAGGUCAUAGAACUGGCCGUGAUCGGACCUAAUAUCUUCACCAAUGCGCGCCAACCAUGGCAUCCCCCCGGUGCCCGCGGCAUCUACGGUGGCGCCGUGAUCGCCAUGUGUCUCGCAGCCGGCCAAAAGACCGUCCCAUCUGACUUCCUUGUCCAUUCCAUGCACUGCUACUUCCUACUCGCUGGCUCCGCCGAACUGCCCAUCCUCUUCCACGUCGAGCUCGUCCGAGACGGCCGCUCCUUCGCCACGCGAACCGUUCAAGCGCGCCAAAAGGGCCGCUGCAUCUUCACCACCACCAUCUCCUUCGUCCGGGAGGGUUCUAGCGGGCCGCGGGGCAGUCAGGUCUCGCACGCCUCGUCCAUGCCCAUCGACGAGAAGACGGGCAGGCCGUGCCAACCGCCUCCGGAGGACUAUGACGGCGAGCCGGAACUCGUCCGCUCCGGGCCCAAUCCUUUCCAGAGCGCGCGGAUCGAGGUCACCAACGCCGACAGCCCCCGUCCGCAGGACAAGAAGACGCGGCAGUGGUACCGGGCAAAGGGCAAGAUUAGCGCCGAGGGAGGGCAGCAGGCACAUCUGACCGCCCUGGCGUACGUUAGCGACUCGUACUUCAUCGGCACCAUCGGCCGCAUCCACAAGCUGUGGCGGUUCCCCUUCCACCCGGAGGACUUUGACCAGUUACCCGAGGACGUGCAGGAGCGGGUGCGCGCGCUGCACGAGUGGGAGGGCUUGGGAGACCCUAAGGACAUGGUGGGCCGGCCCGAGAUCGGGAUGAUGGUCAGUCUGGAUCAUUCCAUCUACUUCCACGAGCCGGCCAAGGUCAGGGCGGACGAGUGGAUGCUGAGCGAGAUGGAGAGUCCGUGGGCGGGUGACGGGAGGGGUGUGGUGACGCAGAGGAUCUAUAACAAGGAUGGCAUGUUGCUGGCUACGUGUGUGCAGGAAGGGUUGGUGAGGUUGGAGAAGAAUCCUGGCAAGACUGACUCCAAGCUCUAGGAGUGCGGUGUGAUCUGUGUGGAUUCGAGUUAUUGAAGACAGCGAUGCAUUUUCCAUGAUAGACAUUGAAUGACACAACAUCUUUUCAGAUUACCUAGCCUAGGCACCUGUCGCCAUGGACCAGCGGGUAUAUGUAGGGUUUGUUACCUAGCCCUUUCAAUACAACGGAACCCAGUAGGUAGUCCUAUGGCUCAGUGGUUCUCGCAAAUGAAAGAAGGCGUGGCAGUUUU